AUGGGUGAUUAUCCGCCUCGACGAUCGAGUGUCAGUGUCGCGCCAAGUCUAGCAGGAUCCUCCCUCGCCAACGUCCUCCCGCUCCACGAAGCCAAAGGGGAAGAAGCACGACUGCGGGGCGAAAGACGAGAAGAGCAGGAUAUUGAACUACAACGCCUCGACACCACUUUCGAAGACGACUACAACACUUCCUCCUCAGACCAAGACGACAGCGAACAAGGCGGCUUGCUACAACAAGCAGGACUAUCGCAGAUGCCGCCGAAACACAAGAAGUCGAAAUCCCGCUCCCCCAACCCGCGAACCCUACGCUCCCGUCCCAGCAGCGAGGCCACCGCCGUCUCGCCCGGCUCCAACGGCCACGCGCCGGAGAGCGGAGGUGCGAUGAACGGGUCUUUCCGCGAGCGCACGGGAAAGCAUGGCCUGGCCAUCGACACCGAUGGCGACUCGUCGAGAGCAACGGCACGGUUGAUGGGGAGGAGUAGCUUUAGUCUCGACCAUGCUCCGUCCCCGCUUAGUCCGAUGAAGAGCCAUGACGGGAUGGAAGGAAGGGAGAGCAAAGGGUUCUUCGAGCUGCCGGAGCAGGAUCGGAGGAAUUUCUUGCUGUUGGUGUUGCUGUACUUUUUGCAGGGCAUACCGAUGGGGUUGGCGGGAGGCUCGGUGCCGUUUCUGCUGAAGGAGCAUUUGAGUUAUGGGCAGAUUGGGGUGUACUCGUUGGCGAGUUAUCCGUACAGUUUGAAGUUGCUUUGGAGUCCGAUCGUGGAUGCGGUGUGGAGUACGAGGGUGGGGAGGAGAAAGAGCUGGAUCUUACCGAUACAGAUGUUGAGUGGGAUUGGGAUGUUGUGGUUGGGUGCGAGGGCGGAGACCAUGAUGGCGAAGGCGGGUGAGAACAAUGGAGCGGGGGUGUGGGGGUUUACGGGGUGGUGGUUUGCGCUGGUGUUCAUGUGCGCGACGCAGGACAUUGCUGUGGAUGGCUGGGCUCUGACCUUACUAUCACCCUCGAAUCUGUCCUACGCCAGCACCGCACAAACAGUCGGCUUGACCGCUGGCCAGUUUCUGUCCUAUACCGUUUUCCUGGCCUUCUCGUCCAAGGACUUUGCCAACAAGUACUUCCGAGCAGCGGACGCACAAUCCGACGUUGGUCUGCUGACUCUGAACUCCUACUUGACUUUCUGGGGCUGGGCGUACCUGGCCGUAACUCUCGGCCUGGCUGUUCUGAAGAAAGAGGAACGAACUAAGGAGCGGGACGGCAUCUGGGAAGUCUACAAGACUAUGGGCGGCAUCCUCAACCUGAAGAACAUCCAGAUCUUCAUCGUUAUCCAUCUAAUCGCAAAGAUUGGCUUUCAGGCCAAUGAUGCUGUCACCAACCUCAAGCUUCUAGAUAAGGGCUUCUCACAGGAGGAUCUGGCGCUGACCGUACUGAUCGACUUUCCAUUUGAGAUCUCGCUUGGGUAUUAUGCUGGGAAGUGGAGUGAGCAGUACAAGCCUGUGGUGGUAUGGUGUUGGGCGUUCGUCGGGCGGCUUAUUGCUGCGAUGUUCGCUCAGGCGGUGGUGAUGGCUUUCCCGGCGACAGGGACAACGACACCCUACCUCCUAGUCGUCAUCGUCGAGCACGUCUUCAGCACCUUCAUGUCGACCGUCAUGUUCGUCGCCAUCUCCGCCUUCCACGCCAAAAUCGCCGACCCAGCCAUCGGCGGCACCUACAUGACCUUGCUCGCUACUGUCUCCAACCUCGGCGGCACCUUCCCCCGCUUCUUCAUCCUCCGCUUCGUCGACUUCUUCACCCGCGCCACCUGCCUCCCGCCCACCGACCCGGCUGUCAUCAAGAACCCUUCUUCGCUAAAGGGCGACCUGAUCACGCAACCUUUCAGCUGCGUCCUUGGAGCUGAGCGCGAUCGAUGCAAGGCUGGCGGCGGCACAUGCAUGAUUGAGCGGGAUGGGUAUUACAUUGUCAAUGUGCUGUGUGUGGUUUUUGGCAUCGUGACGUUUUGGGGUUUUAUUAAGCCCAGGGCGUUGGCGUUGCAGGGUUUGCCGUUGCGGGCUUGGAGGAUUGCUGAGGGGUGA